CGUCGGCCGGUCACAUUUCAGUAGGAAUAGCCUUCGCCAGUCGAAUUCCUCUCUCCCUGCCCCCCAAAACCGAACUAGCGGCGGCGGCGAAGUGGUUGGUGGAGAGGAGAUGCUGCGAUUCCCGGCGCUGAUGCGGCAGUGGCCGUCGCCGCCGCUGAUUCCGGCGUCCACACUCCUCCCCGUGCCCGCAACUACCCAGGAGGACGAGCUCCUCCUCGCCAUGGCCGAGUCCGACCUCGAAGACAAGCUGAACGCGAUCCGCAAGACCAACAGCAACCUGGUGAUCAUAGGCAAGCCCACCAACGACGUGAAGGAGGAGUACGACGCGGAGGUGGAAGAGGACGACGUCGACAACGUUGACGAAUCCGACGGGGACGAUUUCGACCAAGAAACCGGCUGAGCCGUCCGGCUCCCCCAGGCUCCAGUCCCAAUACGUUGGCCUUUCUGCAAAGCAAUCUGUACGCUUGUUGCAGCCCGAGAUCCCCAAUUAUCUCUAGUUGUUACUAGAUCAAUUUGUGCAAGCUAUCAUACUUUACUUUGCUACAUGGUGUUUCGACGAUUCGGGGGGUUUACCUACCCUUGGAUUAGCUCGUUAAUGCUGUCAGGUAUUUAUCGAAACACCGAUAUGAAUCAUUUCUCUA